AUGCUUACAUGUUACAGUCAACUAGACGCCAGCUUCUUUAUCCUCCAGGUUGAUCUGUGGGACGAGCACGGUCAGAUUGAGAAGAACAUUGUCAAAGCAGCCACCAACUCGCCCGCUACAUCCAUCUCGACAGCCACGACCACCUCAUACCCUCCGCCGCCAGAGCGCCCGGCUGUCUAUGCUCCUCAGGUACCUUACGCAGAUCCUCGUACCGGCCAGUUCGCCGGUUACGGCCCCGCGCCCAGUUACCCUCCCGGAUCUUGGGGUUACCCACAAGCACAUAUGCCGCAGAUGUACAUGCCNAGGUGCCCCUCCCCUGCUGGCCACUACGCCCAACCUCCCAUUCCUCCCGGCUAUGGGCAGUAUCCCGGUGCUCAGCCGCAAAUGUAUCCUCCAGCUCAAUAUCAACCACCCAUGCCGCAACAACAGCCAAGUAGUGGCAUGUUCACCCGCAACCUUAUCGGUAGCCUUACCGUGAACGCCAACCACUUGCGCGAUCCCUCAGGAAAAGAAGGACACUGGUUCGUCUUACAAGAUCUGUCUGUCCGUACCGAGGCCGUGUUCCGUCUCAAGAUGAGCUUCUUCGACGUUGGUGCUGGAAGUAGCGAUGGUGGUUCGAAACUCUCCACCGGCAAACGCCCUGUCCUGGCUACCGUCUUCUCUGAUCCGUUCCAAGUCUUCUCGGCCAAGAAAUUCCCUGGUGUCAUUGAGAGCACCGAGCUCAGCAAAUGCUUUGCAGGCCAGGGCAUCAAAAUUCCCAUAAGAAAGGAUGGUGGCAAGCACGAGGGCAAGGAUGAGGACGACGAGUAG